UGAUUGGUCGAGAAAGUGGGGUUACCGCCUGGUAAUCCGUGACGCAGGGCAGAAGUUCGUCACAAAGGCGAAGUAGAACGCUAGGAGAGGUGUAGCGAGCGCGUGUAUGUAUACGGUCAGAGAGAGGACCAAGCGUACAAUAACCGGAGUAUAAUUUGAUUAGUGUAUAUAGAGAUUAUUGUUACAUUUGCGUGUCACCGUACAGAAUAAUCGAAGAGUAUCGAUACGGAAAGAACUAAUAGUGGUUUGGUGAAAUUCGAAGAAGCAGCAUCAGAUAGACCCGGAAGGCUGUUCAGUGUUUGGAGGAAGAGGAAAGAAAAAAAAACACAAAAAAAAACAAACAGCGUAUUCGCCAUCUUGUAUUUCCAGCUGUGGAAGAAUCUCUCUCUCUCUGUGAAAAUUAGUCAGUUUUCAGGGUGUAUAUCACGCGCGGUGCUAGAAGAUCGCCGAAUGAGGCGAACUCUGUGUGGACGAUUAUCAAGGACAAAGAAGCUAACCGACAAGAGGUAGCACAACGCGAAUCGAAGGUGAUUCUCGCGAUUCCGAGAGUCCCUCCCCCCGCCACUCCCCCCAGCCCUGAUACGCCGUAUUGCGCAGUUAGUAGAGCGAGUGUUCUAGUGUCAAGCGUGUAAAUUUUGUCGAUAUUAUUUUUAAGUCUUCGGACGUUUUGCAAAAACCAUAAAAAGAAAUUCCAUAAAAUACCCGAUGACGAACUCAACGCCAAAAAUGAGCGACAAGAUCGAGCGGCAAGGCUCGCCGAAUGCCGGUGGUAAACGACACUCGAGGAACAAUUCAAUUAAAUCCUCAACUUAUUUUUCGAGCAGUAAUCGACCCAGCCGAAAUUCAAACGGUCGUUCUAGCUGUAGUCCACCUUGCCCUGCCAAAACCAGAGGCUCCCCGUUAAGACAAUCUCAGUACGAGAGUCCCCGGGGUAGUCCGACCAACAAUUUUUAUGCUGGGGCAAAGUUUUCCGAACCACCGUCACCUGCGAGUCUCCCAAAACCGCCAAGCCACUGGACGACAAGAUUGAUUUCCACCUGUAAGCAGGCAGAACACUGCUGCGAUAUCUCGAAUCAUCUUAAGAUGAUUUUGAACGUCCAAGCUUGAUAUCCCCCGAUACAUGGGCCUUCGGCGUCGCUUUCGUACGAAUCCCAAAGGGUUACGGCAAUCCAGGAAAUAGCCGUACCAUCGCGAACCACUCCGAUACUCUACCGAGAGACUCUAAUGGGCACACCAGCUGAACAGGUACGAAAUAAUGCCGUGGGUCGAAUGCAACUCGUCCAUACAUACGACAUCAAACUUCUUGUAUAAAUGAACAGACGAUUGAAAAGCAAAAAAAAAAAAAACAAAAACAAAAAAAAACAAACAAACUAAACGAAGCGAAAGUUAUCAUACGGUUACGAACAUGUGUUACAUGUUACUGUACGGGUAUAACACGCGAACUCUAUAUUAAAAUAUGUACAUCGUAUUCAUCCAUGAACAAUAUUGCAUUAUAUUUAUGCAUUGACUACAUACAUACAUAUAUAUAUGCACUACAGAACAUUCGACACACCAUAUGUAGAAGAAAGAAACAAAAAGCAUUACACGCAUAUUCAUAAUGAUAAUAACAUUAAUUAAUAUCACACCGUGUAUAAAGAUGUAAACAUAUGUAUUUUAGAUUACCCUAUACUUAAACGCAUUAUUCUAUUGUCUUGAGAUGGUGUAGAUACAUGCAUACAUACAUACAUAUAUUCAAGUCCUGCAGGGUCUUUCAAAAUUGCAUUAUUUAUGUGUUCCAAACUGGUUGAAAGCAAUCAUUCAAUUGAACCAUUUAUUUACUAUUUUUCAUCUACUCAAGCACAAUAUUUUCAAUUACUGCUGCGAUCUAACACGUAGUACCUACGAUAUGGUCAAAUUCCAUUUUAUUUACCUUUUAUUACAGAAUAUUCAGAUUUCGUGUGAUUUUGUUUCAAAAGUUUUCCUAAAUUCACAGAGCACUGCUUGAACCCACUUUUCAUUCAGUUUGGAAUUAUUUUAUUUCUAUAUAUUCUUUAGUUUUUGUGUUUUUGCUUCUUUCUGCGUUUCUUCUUUUUUUUUCUUUAUUUUCAGAGACAAAGUACAAAUCAUACAGUUUUAUGAACAUGGAUUUUGAUUAUUGUUUAAUUUUGGUAACCGUUCAUUUUUUGGAACACCCUGCAUGCGCUAGAGGCGGAAAGAACCAGACGAUAUUUCUAAGCAGAAGCGUACCAACAAGGGCAGAUUUUCUCGAAAUUCUUUUUUCUCUCAUUACACUUCUCUGUUUUUUUUUUCAUAAUUUUUCGGUUUUAUUUUCUUCACAUUGUUGAAAUAUUUUUAUUUAAUUUUUUUUUUUUUUUUCUUCUCGCAAAUUUGCAAAAUUUCUUGCAAGGCAUAUAAAUUGUAUAAGAGAAAAGUUAUCGUGCGAGCAGAUCCAUGUUUAGGGGAGCAUUUGAGGGUAAAUAUUGGAUAAAGAUGUUUAGAUGAAUAACAUGUUUACCCAAAAAUUUGAAAAUUUGUAGAUAGCAUGAGGAAAAAAAAAUAUGAAUUGUAUAAAUAAGGGUGGGGCGUUAAUUCAAGUAAGUGGCGUGCUAACUGUGAUAUUGCGGCGUUCACAGAUUAUGAUGUGAGAAAAAAAAAAUAAAAAUAAAAAAAAAAUAUAUAUAUAUAUA